AUGACUAGCUUGAGACCGUUCAAGUUGCCCAUCACCAACCAAGAGUUCGCGUUCUAUGUCAAACGCUGCGUGCCCCGCACAGGCUGGCCUAGACGGUUGGCCAUAGCCAACUCAGGUGGUGUUGACUCGACAUGCCUCCUCUUCCUCUGGCAUCGUCUCCUCUUCGAAUCCGGUCCCACAGACCCUUCACUCCCUACAUCCCUCAUCUCCCUCCACAUAAACCACUCCCUCCAAUCCUCCGCCUCUACCAUGGCUAAAUCUGCCUCACUCCUCCCACUCCACCUCUCCAUCCCCCACCUCGAACUCCCAAUUCUCUGGGGCACCCGCCCCUUCCCAAACUAUCCCCUUUCGAGCCACACAGAACGAUCUGCGCGUCAGGCGAGGUACCAUUUAUUUUUGGAGGGCAUGGUAAGAGGGGGUGCGGGUGCGAUCUGUAUGGGCCAUCAUGCGGACGAUCAGGUCGAGACGGCGUUGAUGAGGCUGUCAAAGGGGAGUACGAUGUUAGGAUUGGCUGGCAUGAGGAGCGUGAGGACGUGGGGGAUGGGGGACGAUAAAGCGUGGCCGCUGAGUUGGGCGGGGAGUAUGGGAAUGGGGCUGAGCAUCGUAAGGCCGCUGUUGAGUCUGCCAAAGGAUAGGAUUGUUGCGACGUGUGAGGAGGAGGGGUUGGAGUGGUACGAGGAUCAGACGAAUUUUCAGCCGUCGCUUACUUUGAGGAAUGUCGUUCGACAUCUUAUGACGCAUGCCGUCGAGGAUUAUAAGGACCUCGAACCUCAAUUCCUGGCACGUCCUCUCACUGAACCUCUACCGAUUGAAAUCGGCGAGGAAGAGCCGGACAGUGACGGCGGGGUAGACUCGGAAGACCGAUUCGUCGGAUCAGAGCGUGACAAACUAUCCCUCGAAAAACUCAUGGACCAACUAACCGAGGAGAUCAAAUCAACGUCCAUAGACCCCUCCACACCCUCGGUCCUCACCCCCGAAACGGCUGUCAAACUGUACGAACACGUCCGAGAAGACCUCGAAGCGCGCUACGCACGGCAGAACAAUCCGGUCCCGCUCGAGCUCGCGGACGGGCCUGAGAGUCUUAAAGGGUCGAUUAUGGCGAUCAGGGAACAUGUGGAGGAUAUCGAGAUGCAGACGGAUCAAUUCCUCCGACAACACACGCUCGACUCGCCCGUCUCGACUUUCCUCCUUCCGACGGACACACUCCCACCACUCGAUCCCGAGUUCGAAGAGUAUCUGAGUCGACACGCACCGAAGAAAGCGCAGCAGCACCGCAAAAGCAGACCCGAAUCCAAUGCUUACCCCAGUUCUAUCCCUCGCCCCGACUCUCAUUCUACCCGUAGCCCCGAUAUUAUCUCUGCAGAUCCCUCUAGCCUCUCAGACCACUCCUCCGAUUCUUCACCCUCGACCCCUCACCCUCCCCCAACCUCCGACCAAAACCCAUCACCAUCCUCAUCCGACCCACCUUCCCCACCCCAAUCCGAAGUCACCGUACCCGAACCCGAACCAACCUACGUCUACAAAUCGCAACUCAAAAUCCCCGCCUCAACCCACACCCGAACGCCCUACAUCCCCCGGCUCGUCUCCCUCUCGCUCGUCCUCCGCAUCCUGCGCUACGUCUCGCCGCACCCCUGGGGGACAUCGGCGGCGAGCGGAGGACGACACGUGCUUUCGCUGGAGAGGAUCGUGCAUGCGCUUUGGGGGUUCGAUCCUUCGAGGUCGGGCUCUCAGUUCGAAGGCGAUGGAGAAAAAGAAGAGAAUGAAAAGGGAAAGGGCAAGGGAAGGGAAAAGGAAAAGGGAAAGAAAGACAAUGGGGAACCCGAGGAUGCGAAAGAAAAAGAAUCGCCUUUCGGUUUCGAGACUUAUCGCCCGUUCAGCGCGGGCGGAAAAGUGCUCUGGACGCCGGUGCGGAUAGUGAGAGAGGGAGGGCUGUUGAGGUUGGCGGGGAGGUAUAGGGAGGGGGAGAGGUGGGGAUGGUUGGUGACGAGGGCGCCGCCGGAGAGGGCACCGCUUGGGAGUAAGGCGAAGGGGAGGAAAUUGAGUCAGAAGUAUCAGAGCGGGGAGAAACGCGAAAAGGAAGUUGAGGGCGGGAAAAGUAGGCAGGACGAGAAUGGAGCGAGAGAGAAGGGGACGAGAGAGAAGGAGGGUGAGGAGGGGAGUGAGGAGGAGGCAAAGGGCGGAGGGAAGGCGAUGAGGAAGGAGGCGCGGAGAGCGAAUUCCACGGGGGUGGUGAGAGGUGUGGAGAUGAGGGUGCCGAGGAAUGAGAGGACUUUGGCGGACGAUGUCACGGAGGAGUUUGUGGAGGCUUGGGGACGAGCGAGCGGUGCUGGGGACGUUAAUAGCGACAGCAACGGUGUCAAGACGGAGGAGGGGAGGACAGAGGAUAGCGCGGUGGCGGAGGAAGAAGAUGCGAAAGAGAGGACCAAGUUCCGCAUGCUCUACGACUGUCGUUUCCUCAUUACCUUCGACUUCUCCAAGACACCCUCUCACCUCCGUGACGUCUUCUCCUCUCUUCACCAGCACCAAAAAAAUCCCACCUCAUCCUCUUCCUCUCCGCAAAUAAUAAUCGAACCAGCAACCCGGUAUUACUGGCCCCAGGUCGUCCUCCGACAAUCCGGCGAACCCGAUAUCAUACUCGCUACAAUCAAAGACAAGAUCGCACAAUUGGCAGAGUUCAACGAGAGGAAGAGGCAAAAGGGUGUGAAUACGAAUAAGAGUUGGAACGUGAAUUAUGGGAUUUGGAAGCAGACGCGACCGGAUAGUGCGGUGGAGAGGGCUAUGGAGAGGUUGUUAAAGGGACAAGAGCGGAAGACAGAGGGCGAGGAGGGGCGUGAAGGGGACGGGGAUGGGGAAGAUGGAAUGAAAGGAGGGAGGGAUGAGAGGGAGGGAAAUUCAGAGUGGGUUAGGAUAGAGUUUGUUAGGACUCUGCGCGCAGAAUAG